CAAUCGACUAAACUAAUUUGGAAUCGCUGUCAAAAGUUCGGGGCAAUUUUGCCGUUGACUUUGUGUUUUUUGUAGCUAUUUUUUGUGUGACUCUUUCGUUUUCCUGCCGCUGAUGUCGCCAAGGAUAUGGAGCCAAAGUCGCAGGAUCAGGCUCCACAUCGGGACGAUGAUCCUGGCCUGCAGACUGAACCUCCGACCAUAGCCCAGUCCAUAACCUCUUUCUACAUGUACAAUCCCUACGAGAAGCGAAGUGUGGAGGUGCCCCUAACUAACUGUGACGCCUUUAUUUCCCUGUUGAAAUGUGUGAUUGGAACGGGCAUCCUGGCGAUGCCGCUGGCCUUCCGCUGCUCGGGAUUCGUGGUGGGCGCCGUGAUGUCCGUUCUGCUGAUGAUACUCCUGACGUACUCCAUCCACUUGCUGAUAGCUGACAUGACGGAGUGUUGUCGAAGGCGUCGUGUUCCUCAAGUUUCCAUGCCGGAGGCCGUGAGGAUUGCCUACGAGGAGGGUCCCAAGUGGAUCAAUUGCUUUGGUCGGGCCGCUGGUUUUAUGACCACUUGCGUUUUGGUCUUCGGUCAGUUCCUGCUGUGCACCGUUUACCUGGUCUUCGUGUCCAAGAACUUCAAGGAGAUUGGUGACCAUUAUAUUGAUAGGUACAACGAAAGGUAUUAUGUGCUGGGCGCCUGUUUGCUGCUCUUGCCGCUCUUCAUGAUCCGCCGUCUAAAGUAUUUGGUACCCUUGAAUUUGAUCUCCAACUUCCUGCUGUACGCGGGUUUCGCCCUAAUCAUGUACUAUCUGUUCAAUGGUCUUCCCAAUAUUAAUGAUCGUGAGAUGGCCACACCUCCUGUCGAGUGGAUCGAGUUCAUUGCCAUCGCCGCCUUUUCCCUCACAGCCGUGGGUUCUAUGCUCGUCGUUGAGGCCCAUAUGGCACAUCCGCAGAGCUAUCUGGGCCUCUUUGGUGUCCUCAAUCUUGCUGUUUUAUUCAUCCUGCUCUCGAACAUGUUUUUUGGAAUCAUCGGCUAUUGGCGUUUCGGAGACAGUGUCCAUGCCAGUAUUACCCUAAAUAUUCCACAGGAUGAAAUCCUUUCCCAGUUCAUUAAGGUAUUCAUUGCCACUGGAAUAUUUCUGAGUUAUCCUCUGAAUGGUUUCGUAGUGAUCACAGUGAUGUUCAGCGACUAUGAAAACUCUGAACCCAGGGGAAGGUAUCGCACGCUGAUUGAGUACGUAGUUCGAUUGUUGUUUCUUUUUCUCACAGGUGCCGUGGCAAUUGGUGUGCCCAAUCUGGCGGCUCUCACGGAACUGGAAGGCGCUUUUUCGUUGAGCAACCUCAAUCUUCUAUGUCCGGCAUUGAUCGAUAUGUUCCUGAACUAUAAUGUGGGUUAUGGCCGGCUGAUGUGGAAGCUGAUCCGGGAUAUCUUACUUAUGCUGAUUGGUCUUAUUUUCGGGACAGUUGGUUGCACGGUGGCCAUAAUGCAACUGAUCCGUGAUUUUCAGUUGACGCUCAACAGUAUGUAGGGUAGAAUGGGCUGCAAUUUUGGAUUUUCUCAGCUUCUGUUGCUUAUCGUUGGAAAUAAAAUCGGAUUUACCCAGUUGUCCGCCCUCGUU